UGUUUUCUCUCUCCCUUUUUUUUUUUUUUAUAAAGCAUGACUAUAAUAAGAGGGUGUGUGUGAGUGUGUAUAUGAGCUCUGGCAACAGUAGUGGUACAGUUUAACAGCAGCAGAAGCAACAGCAGAGGGAGAAUGGUCAGACAUAUGUUCUCUAAUCUUCUACUACUCUGGUCACUCUGCCAUGACCUCCAUAUAACUGGACUGACACAUCAUGAGCCAAAGGACCAGUCCUGGAGCAACCAGAAUCUCUAUUCUGUCCCUCUGGAUUUGGAUGUAAGGCUUCGAAGAGUAGACCUGUCCAAUAACUUCAUCAGACAGUUGCAGACACUUGCUUUGCCAUACUUGGAGCAGCUGGACCUGAGCUCCAACCAGCUGGAUCUCAUCUCCGAAGGGGCUUUUGAAAACCUGGCUCGACUUGAAGAGUUGAAUUUGUCCAGAAAUGCACUGAACAACAACCUUGGCAGCAACAGCAAAGCCCUCCAAUCCAUCAGUAGACUGAAGACUUUGGACAUAUCAAUGAAUGGUUUGAGGAAUGAUGCAGUGGAACUGUACCUUCAAAACAAAUCUUCUCUUGAUCGACUUAAGAUGACUGGUAAUGCUUUAACAAGACUUUCACACAACUUGUUCAAAGAUAGUAAAGGUUUGAGGGCCAUUACUAUUGAUGACAAUCGGAUAUCUGUGAUAGAACAGGGGACAUUUGAACCAUUGAGCCAAUUAGAGAUGCUAAACUUGGCCAAAAAUAACCUUGCAUAUAUCUGUGAUUUUAAAUUAUAUCAAGUUAAAUAUCUGAAUCUCAGUAGAAAUUCAGUCGAGUUCUUUGUUACACGUGAGGAUGACCAGUUGUACAGGCUUGAAAUUCUUGAUCUGAGUCACAACAAACUCCUUUAUUUCCCAAUUGUUCCAAAAAUUAACAGUUUGAAGCAUCUUUAUUUACAGAAUAAUAUGGUUGGUACCUUAAAUUCAGAGGCUACAAUGGUAUCCGAGGCCAAUGCUCUUUAUAGUGAGAUUACAAGUGAGAGAACAGUUAGAAAAAAUAACCUACACUCAAACUGGAGACUGAUGCCACUGAUUCAUAUUGACCUAAGCUAUAACCACUUCAGGUCUUUCCCGCUGGAGACUUUAAGCCUUCUCACAUCUUUAGAAACUCUGAAUUUCAGUUACAACUGCCUGAAAAACAUCAUCUGGAAUAUUAGAAAUGAUAAUGAAUCAGGAUACCGUCGGCAGCUUUUCUUCCCCUCCUUAAAGUACCUCGACCUGCAAAGCAAUGGCCUUGCAUAUAUUUCCCCGCUAUUUCUCAAUGCGCUCACACAAAUAGAAACAUUAAAUCUACAAAACAAUUAUGUGCAACCUUGUGCCUCUAUGGACCAUUUGCAAAGCUCUCAAUCAACACAGCAAAUCAAUCUCAGCACAUCCUGUGUUGUGUUUGGGCAGUUAAGGACUCUUAAACACCUCAAUCUUAAAGAAAACAACAUAAAAAUGCUUCACCCAAACACUUUUCAAAAAACCUCUUUGGUUUCUCUGAACCUUGCAGGAAAUUCACAUAUGGUAAUGCAAGUGGGCGCACUAGAAGGUGUGCAAAAGACUCUUCAGUCCUUGAUUGUCAGUGAAAUAAACAUGACCAGCUCUGAUCUAUCUUUACCCUGCAUGCCAGCAUUAACUCAGCUGAACAUAUCUAACAACCAUCUAGAUAUGAUACCCAGCAGUUUGAGCUGCUCUCCUCUGAGAGAAAUCGACAUAAGAAAUAAUCAUUUUGUGUCUUUAAACCAUUCUUUGAUUCUUGCUUUAUCUGUACACCUCAAUCUUAUGUGCAUUAGUGGAAAUUAUUUUAACUGUUGUGACAGUAAAUGGCUGACCAUCCUACAUGAGUUGAAGAUAAACCUGUCUGAUAUUAGUGACGCUGUAUGCUUUACAAGUGAGAGUAACAUUGUGAUGACAGAGUAUCUGAAAAACCCUUCAGUGUAUUGUUUGUUUCAUACAAAGGCACAGGAAAUUCACUUUGUACAAAUGAUCAUAAUUGUUUUAUUUGUAACUGUAAUAUUAACAGUGCUCAUCAUAUUCACCAGGCAAGUGUGUUGCACACAGGGAUCAUUUAUAGUGUGACAUUCAAAAUCUAUUAUCAUUGGUUUAUUUUGUACAUUGUUCUAUCUAUGCAUUUGGGUUACAUACAGGAAGCAAACCAAAUACAUUCAGUGAUAAACUGGAGAGCAAACUACAGUAACUGAAGCAUACUUCCUGUGAGUUUCAUUUUGCAUGACCGAAUUUGACAAUAAACGGAAGUGGGGCUUAAUGACUGCUUAGACUGUAAAAACUAACAGUUAAUUAAUGAACAAAAUGCAGUAAAAUCUUUGUCGUCUGACACAUGAUUCUAUUCUCAUCUCCAUUCAGGCUUUCUCUUUUGACUCCCCUGCACAUUACUAGUCUGUAGGACAUGCAUCACGCUGUGUGACCUGUGCAGCCAAAAUGUUGUGAUUGAAAUUGGCUUUACUGACUCCCAAGCUGUUUGGUUACGCCAAAUUCACUAAUCAGGCGGAUAAUUUUUGCCCAUCCUUCAAAUGUUUGUUUGCAACUAAGAUUUUAACCUUGGCUCAAAUUUUUCUGACAUCUGUGAGGCCUUACACAACAUUCCCAGAAUCUGGACUGAACUCCUGAACAAUUUAGUACAACGCAAAUAAGAGACCUUGUACGAGUUUCUAUAUAAAGAUAUAUACUGUAUAUAUAUUCUACAUAAAAAUAGCUUAUUUGACAGUGUGUAUAAACAAGAUCAGUUUUAAUAUAUGUCACUAUCUGCAUCUGUUUGUAUAAUUUAUAUGGCUUUGGGAAACUGUUAUCAAAUACAGUUGUAAAUGUGGCAACAGUUAUGCUGUACACAAUAAACAUGCUUUACCUAAUAAUCACAA